CUUAUAAUUAAAUUAUUAAUUAAACUCUUACAUGGGCAAACUACAUGGAACAUUGGCAAAAGCCGGAAAAGUCAGAAAGUAAACACCAAAAGUUGAGAAGCAAGUGAGAAGACAUAAAAUUCCAAAAGGGAGAGCUUAUAAAAGAAUUUGCUUUAACAGAAGGUAAAUCAACUAUCAAUAGUAUAAAAUAGAUUUGGAUCAGCAACCACUACUUAAGGACCAUAAUAAAAGAGAAAGGGUCCAAAUUGGCAUGCUGGAAGAAAAGAACUUAUUGAAGAGGAAAGAAAGAAAUAAGUUGAAUAAAGAAGACAACGUAAGAAAUAAGAUGCUAAAUGAUGGCUAAAAUGUCCUUAACAUAUAAAAAAUAAUCAAAAUUCUUAUUAUUU